AUGGACGGAGGAGCAGCUGCAUCCCAAGAAACCACAGCCGCCAGUGGCGGAGCCACUCCGCCAGUGGCCACUGUCGGCGUCCGGAUCCACCACAGCCGUAGGCUCCCGGACUUCCUCCAGAGCGUCAACUUGAAGUAUGUUAAACUGGGCUACCAUUACUUGAUCUCUAAUUUGUUAACUCUCUGCUUAGUCCCUCUUAUGGUUAUCAUUAUCGUUGAAGUUUCUCAAAUGAAUCCCAAUGACGUUCGUCAGUUAUGGCUGCAUUUGCAGUACAAUCUCGUUUCCGUUAUAAUUUGCUCUGCUUUUCUUGUUUUCGGAUCCACCGUUUACAUAAUGAACCGCCCACGGCCCGUUUACUUAGUUGAUUACUCCUGUUAUCGCCCUCCGGAUAGUUUGAUGGCGCCGUUUGAUCGGUUUAUGGAGCAUUCUAGAUUGCAAGGGGACUUCGACGAAUCAUCACUUGAAUUCCAGAGGAAAAUUCUUGAGAGGUCUGGGCUUGGGGAUGAGACUUAUGUACCAGAAGCCAUGCAUUUUAUUCCGCCCCGGCCGUCGAUGCAGGCCGCCAGAGAGGAGGCUGAGCAGGUUAUGUUUGGGGCACUGGAUAAUUUGUUCGCUAAUACAAACGUGAAGCCGAAGGAAAUUGGGGUUUUGGUUGUGAAUUGUAGCUUGUUCAAUCCGACACCAUCCUUGUCAGCUAUGAUAGUGAAUAAGUACAAACUGAGGGGAAACAUCAGGAGUUUCAAUUUGGGAGGGAUGGGGUGCAGUGCCGGGGUGAUUGCGGUUGAUUUGGCAAAGGAUAUGCUGCAGGUUCAUAGGAAUACAUAUGCUGUCGUGGUUAGCAUGGAGAACAUUACACAAAAUUGGUACUUUGGGAACAAGAAAUCUAUGUUGAUUCCUAAUUGUUUGUUUAGAGUAGGGGGUGCGGCGGUUUUGUUAUCCAAUAAGGCGGGUGAUAGGAGGAGGGCGAAGUACAAGCUUGUUCAUGUUGUGAGGACUCAUAAAGGUGCGGAUGACAAGGCAUUUCGUUGUGUGUACCAGGAGCAAGAUGAUGCUGGGAAGACGGGGGUUUCUUUGUCCAAAGACCUCAUGGCUAUUGCUGGUGGGGCUCUUAAGACAAAUAUUACGACGUUGGGUCCUCUAGUGCUUCCGAUCAGCGAGCAGCUUUUGUUCUUUGCUACAUUGGUCAUCAAGAAGUUGUUUAACAAGAAUGUGAAGCCUUAUAUUCCGGAUUUUAAGCUGGCCUUUGAUCAUUUCUGCAUACAUGCUGGGGGAAGAGCUGUGAUUGAUGAGCUGGAGAAGAAUCUCCAGCUGCUACCCGUUCAUGUAGAAGCUUCAAGAAUGACUCUCCAUCGGUUUGGCAACACUUCGUCGAGCUCCAUUUGGUAUGAAUUGGCGUACAUUGAGGCAAAGGGAAGGAUGCGCAGGGGCAAUAGAGUCUGGCAAAUUGCUUUUGGGAGUGGCUUCAAAUGUAACAGUGCUGUGUGGGAAGCACUUCGCAGUGUUAAACCAUCUCGAAAUGGUCCUUGGCAUGAUUGCAUCGACAGGUAUCCUGUGAAAGUAGUCUCUUAGCACAUCGGACUAUGAUCAAUUGUACUCCCAGCAUAUAUAGUCCAUCGUCAUUUGGUCCCUUUUCUUCAGUUAAUGUUGUACUCUUUAAUCUCCUCUUGUCAUAUUUUGGGUGAUACCAUGGUCUUCUUUAUUCCCUUCAUUUGAAAUCCCAGGGUUGCUCUACUAGGUGGGGUACAUCCUUGGUUUGUACUAUUAGUACUGGAGAAUUACUUGAUCAUCUCUUCCGAGAUGUUCAUCAGGAUGAAGUCAGUUAGAACGUAGUAAAAUCUUGAUUAAUCCCAUGGCUUCCUCAUGCUUUUCCAUGUUUUGAAAA